AUGAGAUUUAGAGGGAUAAAGAAGGUUACGGCCCUUAUAGGAGAAGAGUAUGGCCAGUUCAGCCUCCCCUGGAAGAUUGAAGGAGAAGAGUUUGAGAAGAUCCUUCUUGCUGCCGAAGAGAGCAGAAUCAGCACCAGGUCGUUGGAGACGUGGUACCUACGAGAUGAAAAUGGGGUCCCUCCAGCUUAUCAUCUGCUUGAGAAAGAAGAGGGGCUCCCAUACACACAAACAAACAGAAGAGGAGCCACUGACCCCCCACCCAUGAUUUACCAAGAAAUCAGGAAGGUUCUGGAUGUUGCAGUUCCUCUGUGUGUCCAGCAGGGGAGCAUUUCCCCUCAGCAAGCUGAGAAAUAUUUCCGAUCAGCUUUGGAGGAAGAGCUGCUCUUUGCCCUACAGGACCGGCCCCGGGCCGUGCACGAGAGGUGCAUCUGUUAUAUACACAGAGUGCCAUAUAAAGCCUACCUGCAGCGCAGGAAGUCAGAACAUGGUGAGACUGUCAGACCCAGGAGCUACGCAAAGCUCUGCCACGUACGGGAUGUAUUUAUACCCACCUUGGCACAACACGGGCCCCUGUGCCUGUACAGCACCACCACAACAUGCAACAUUAAAGUUGGGUACACUGAGGAAAAGCAAGAGAAAUACAUUGACGGUCUCUGCACCCAGUUCUACAGUGACAUAUUGGGACUGAUUGAAAAGGACGUCCCUGCCAGCCCCUUGUACUGCAGCAACAGGACUGGUGAAGCCAUGCAGCACCUCUCUCUCUGUAGUAUGUAUGCGUCCCUCCAGCAGUUCCGCUUCAGAGAGGAGCAAACUAUCCAUGACUACAUAGUGCAUGGCAAGUCUCCGAAGCCAAUGGUGGUCUUUGGAAGGUCAGGCUGUGGGAAGACUGUAUUACUUGCCUCAUGCGCUAAAAAGGUGCACUCAUGGCUGGAAACUUGUGACCCAAUCUUAGUGGUGCGCUUCAUCUGCCCUUUCAGGGAACCCCUGCAUUUAAGUAGAUUAUUAGGGGGCCUUUGCUAUCAGUUAUCAGACAUUUACCAGAGAGUGAUUCCAAGCCACCUUGAUGAUGUUGCUGAACUGAGACAAUGUUUUGUGGACCUAAUAUCACUCUCUUCCAAGCAAGCCCCACUCAUUUUAAUAAUAGAUGAUGUUGAUCAUGUCCCCAUAGAUUGGUUACCCUCUCCUAUCCCCAAAUUCACAAAAAUCAUUGUGUCUGUGAAACACCAACAAAAUGUGAUUUCUGACCAGGUAAAGUCUCAGAAUAAAGGCCAGUUCUUAUUUCUUGAGAUUAAACCUCAGAGACGAGAAUGCAAUGAUAACUUAAAGCAUUGCCUACUGGGGUGUUACAGAAAAAUAACUUCCGGACAGCAAAUGUACGUGAACAGGUCCUUGGAGACCAACACGUCCCCAUUGCAGGUUCAUCUGCUCUUCAAGUUAGUGGCAGAAUGGAAGUCCCAUCAAGACGUUGAUAAUCAAACCCUUGGAGAAGAUACGUAUGAAGCUGCUGAAAGAUUAUUCCACAAACUUGAGAUCAAAUAUGGCCGUGAGAUUGUCUCUCGAACUUUGAGUUACAUAACACUGUCCCAAUCUGGCAUUGGAGUAACCGAACUUGUGGAUCUGUUGACAGCAGAUGACCUAGUCCUUGAGAAGUUCCAUGAGUUAUUUGGAACUGAAAACAUCCCAAGAAUACCAGACUGGAUAGUGACUGGAAUUCUUCUAGAUUUACAGGGUUGCCUUGCCGACAGAAUGAGCGCGGGUUGCAAGCUUGUGUAUUGGAAUAACAGAAUGUACCAGCAGGUCAUAAUGACCCGCUAUCUCAGCAGCCCAGAAACCGUUCAGGAGUUGCAUACAGCCAUGUAUUAUUUUUUUAGUGGACGUUGGACGUGUGGAAAAUUUAUAUCCAAGGCUGUUCAGAAAUUCAAGUCUCUGCUUCCCAACAGACGACUGGCGAACAACAACCACACACCUAACCGACAUUAUUUGGAUUAUCAACCUCCUUCUCAGCCGUGGUUUUAUAAUGUGCUCCCAGUCUGCCAAAGAGCUGUCACUGGUAACGUUAGGAAGGCUCUCGAGCUUCCCUUCCACCUCAAAGAAUGUGGGAAACUGGAGAAACUCUACAAUGAAGUAUUUAUGGCGUUCCCUUAUUACAAAGUUCUUGUCCAAGCCGGUCAGCUUCAUCUGCUCCUCAACAGCAUUGAAGAUGCAGCUGGGAUAAUGGGUAAACAAGAGCUGUACUUUCUAUAUGACAUGCUGAAAGAGGUUUCAUGUCUAUUAAAGGAGAAGCCUGAUUCCCUAGAGAUGAUCUUUCAGUCCAAAAUGUUACCACUGGUUUUAACAUACCCCCCUCUUUCGAGGAUAGCCACCCAAGUGCAUGGUGAAGGAAGAAGGAACUCCACCAUAAAAGUUUUGCAUUCACCUCUUAUUACAGUUCCAUUGUUUAAGAUCUACUUCCCAGAAGUAUCUUCUGUUGUUAGGGUCUUGGAAAUGGAAAGUAACAUGCAAUUAAUGGUGGUGUUUGGGAAUGGCAGUGUCUACACUUGGGCUGUUGGAAAGAACCUAGCACUAAGGUUUCAGGGUUCCGUGCAUAUCAAGGAUGUGGCAGUUGAGAAUAAGAGUAGGUAUCUGGCUCUGUGUACCAUGAACCAUUCAUUCAUAUUUCUUGAUUGUGUCUCCUGGACCACUUUAAAUAAUCUUAUGAAGAACGUCAACGAAAAUGGCCUCAUUCCUAAACACUGUUCAUUCUCAGAGACAGGACUAAUGGUGGGCUUUGAGAAUUCUUGUACAGUAAGGAUUUUCGGGGUUCCCUCUGGGGAACUGAUAGAGGAGAUGACUUUCCCCCAUGAAAUAACAUUCAUUUCAUGUGAUAACAGGGGAAAAUAUACAGUCAUGGAGCAAAUGAACCAUAUUGUCAUUUAUGAUAACCAGGAUUUUUCCGCUAAAAUUUCUCUUCCUGUGGACCUUAUAAAAAACACAGUGUACAACAUUCAUAUUCACGAGUCCCUGGUGUAUAUUAUUGGCAAGGCCUCUAACAUUAGUGUUUGGGGCAUUUUUAAUCCAGCUCAGCCUCGGCUUUUGGAUGAACUUUAUUCUGAAGGAGAUUAUGGAGAGGUGGUCUCUACAGAAUAUUCUCCACCUUGGCUCUUAACAUGCAGGGCAAAAUACAUAGAAGUGUGGCAUACAGAGUCCUGGGAAAGGCAUUGUUUUAAACCUCCACAUGGGAAAAUGCUGACUUUCUGUGUUUUUUCCCAAAGUUGUGAGGAAGUCAUUGCAGCAGUGGAAAACCUUCCCUUUCUUUUUGUCUGGAACAGGGAGAGCGGCCAGUGUAUUUCCAGACUUUAUCUUGAGCUGGCAACAGUCUCCAUGGUGGGACAUUACCAGCUGCUGUAUUACCGACAUAUACCAGCACUGCAGUACUGUAGAGACAAUGGCAUUAGCUGCUAA